AUGUCGAAGGUGUGGGAGUCCGCGAACAAGCCCAAGGGCGCUCGCAACCUCGAUGAUGAGAUCAGGCUGAUGGCUGGCAGCAUGCUGACGUACAGCACGCUUAUGUCAGCGAACGAGGGGACGGAGACGCAGGCCAUGAAGAUCGUGGCGAGACGCCAGCGCGAGAAGCUGAUGGGCUGCCUGAUGCUGCCCUUGGCCUUCGUGUACUUUGUUCUGUUUUGCACUUCCAUCAUGUUGCACGAGGACAUCUCAGACGUGUACAUGAUUGAGUCAGAGCUUCGUGGGCAGAUGGACGACAUCUUCGGUGAGGUGGAGGCUUCCGUUCAAGGGCAUGCAGCUGCACAAGUAGAGCUGUGA